ACUUACUUAAACAAGACUCAUGAACAACUGCGGAGGCAAAUCUGGGAAUCCAAUUGGAAAAUGGUCAUGAAUCACAACAUGCUAGCUGAUGAAGGAAAGAAGAGUUACAGGCUGGAGAUGAAUCAGUUUGCUGAUAUGACCUCAGCAGAAAUGGUGCAAAAUACUCCCUUAAUGUCUUGGGAUGUUCAAGGAUUACCUGUCAAAGUCAGCAAGGAGGAAAAUAUGUCUAUUCCAAAAGAGGUCGACUGGAGAACAAAAAAUUGUGUUACAGAAGUUAAGCAACAGGGAAACUGCCAUUCUUGUUGGGCUUUUAGCACAGUUGGGGCAGUAGAAUCAAGGUAUUGUGUUAAACAUCACUAUCGUUAUUCAUUCAGCGUGCAACAGUUGGUAGACUGUGACGAAAAAAAUUGUGGCUGCCGGCCAGGUUAUCCUGACUACGCAUAUCAGUACAUUGAAGCAAAUGGCCUUAUGAAAGAAAAUGACUAUCCAUAUAAAGCUGAGGAAGGCAAAUGCCUCUACAACAAAAGCCAUGCUAUCCCUAUUAAUAUUUCUUGCAUCGCGCAUGUCAACAGACAAGAUAUUGCUGGAGAUGUGAGUAAAUAUGGCCCUACAAGUGCUGCAAUAAGUCUUGGGAAUGAUAUUCAUUUAUACAAGAAUGGUGUAUAUGAAAACCGCAACUGCAAUAAAGAGAAAGUAUCACAUGCCAUUAUAAUUGAUGGUUACGGACCAGACUAUUGGAUAGUAAGGAACAGCUGGGGAAAACAAUGGGGUAUUCGUGGCUAUAUGCUUUUAAAAAGAAACUUGUGCCACAUUGAAGACCAUGUACUAAGUGUCUACCUGAAAUGAUUUCAGAGGAAGACGAAGCCAUCUAGACAAACAGGAAAACAACAUCUAGCAAUUGCUUCUACAAUGCUUGUCAUUUUGUUCUUGAUGUUUUAAUUUUUUCUGCAGCUUUCUAUCUAUAAAUCUGCUUUUUAUACAUACAGGGAAUGCAUCAGUGAACUGACUUUAAGAAAUCAUGUUGUCAGUAGUUAUAAAUGAUGUAGUAAUGAGUAUUUUGUAAACAUUCCAGUUAUGCCUUUACUGUGGAUUACAUUUAUUUCUUCUUUUGUCUGUAUACAUGAAUUAAUUUGUGUUUUAAAGAAAUGUUUUGCUUAAAAUUACAAAAUAUUGAAUAGGUAGACAUAAGACUAAUGGUCUCUUACACGUAUAUAAGAAUGGCUCAUUUAAAUAUUUCAUUAUUAAAACCAGCUUUAGAUUGAUACUGCAGAUUACUUCAACAUGCAGUGGAUUUCACUUAGUCUACAGCUAUCCAAAGUGAGAUUUAUGGCAUGUAGAACUGCAGUAGUUUAAUGAACUGAAAAAAAAUCUAUUGAAAAAAUAAAUAACUUUUACUGCAUAUUA